CCCAGAGGGAAGACGGUGAGCCGGAGGAGUCAGUCAGAGGGCCGAGCAGGAGCGUUUUCCCCGAGAAACAGAUUAUAAAUUCUAGUUAAAUUCAGUCCAUCAGAAGAAACAUCACCAGAACUUCAUUAAGAAUGGAUUCUGAGAAUAAACAUGAAAAUGACGAGGAUGAGGAAGCCACAGACACGAAAACCGUUUCCUCCCGCGAUGCCAGUUGUGGGCCUGUAUCCGAUGGCAUAGCAAAUGCCUCUGAGAGUUUUACGAACAAAAGGGGUUUUUCAGAGUCGUCCAGCUCAGACAGUGUUGCUGUGGAGGAAGAGAGAAGUGAACUUGCUUUCAAACGAAGGAGAAUAGAGGCAGUGGAGCCCCUCGAGAUGGAAGAGCAGGGCACCUGUGGGUUGGACACUGAAGAUACUAAUGUUGACUCGGCUGAUGUAGGACAGGAGGCCUUCUCCACCAGCCACUCAGAUGGAGGCCGAGCCCUUCCCAGUGUCUUCUCCCCACCCGGGGAUUUUAGUACAUUUGAUACUCUUUCUGUGAAAGCAGAUGUGGAGAGAAAGCCUGCUCAGGAAACGGUUUCCCUAGUUCCGGAAAAACACACUCCUUUUCCUCCAGAAGAAAUGAGUGUUAGUUGUAGCUUUGGAAAUGCAGAGACAGUUCUCAAGUGCAGGAUGUGUGGCCAUUCAUUCUCCUCUUGCUCUGCUUUGGAAAAGCAUGUGGAAUGUCGUGUGGAACAGGAGAAGAAUUGUGCCUGCUGCCACUGUAGCCACCGAGCAGAGAGCAGCUCGUCUCCUCACGUGCAUGUCAAACAUACUCACGGGCCACAGAAAAUUUUUUCCUGUGAUCUCUGCGGCUUCCAGUGUGCCGAAGAAAACCUGUUGAAUGUACAUUAUCUUGGCAAAACACACCUUCGGCGUCAGAAUCUUGCUGCUCGUGGAGGAUUUGUACAAAUCUUAACAAAACAGCCUUUUCCUAAAAAAUCUUGUGUCAUGGGAACAAAAAAUGUUAGAACAAAACCAAGAGCUUCUAAACCAGUAGCAAGGAAUGGGGAUUCCAAAGGAGUGCAGAACACUGGGAACAAUUCUCAGGCCUGCAGAGGAACCCUUUCUGAACGCAGUGGUGGUGGGAGUGAGCUGCUUGUCGAAAUGGUGCCAUCUAGGAAUACCUCAUCAGGGAAAGAGGACAUUGUUGAGGAAAACGUUACUUUUGGUGUUGUUCAAAAUCCUGAAAAUCAGAACAAACAGCUAGGGGGCUUAGUAAGCUCAGAGGGUCUUUUAGGUAAACCGGAAUCCAUCAAAAGUACCCUCCAGAUAGCACAUAUCAGUAUCAGUGCCACCUCGAGGACAAGAGCUGAGCGAAAUCUCCUGAUGCUGGGUAAUAGCUUUCGCAGACGAACUGGCACUUUUACUUUAAAGGGCCAGGCAAAGAAAAGGUUUAAUCUUCUAGGAAUUAAUAAGAGGGGUACAAAUGAAACUCAGAGGAUGUAUAUGAAACACUUUAGAACACAGAUGAAACCAAAUGAUGCACAGCCAAUGACAGAACCAAGACAAAUGAGCCAGGAUGUUCAAAGUCUGUGUGUGACUACCUCAGAUGACUCAGAAGGGACACAGGACAAGACAGCUUCCCAUCUUUCGGGCUCCACACAGCUGGGCUCUCUGCCAGCUCCAGUCUGCCAGGUUCUGUGUACCUGUACAGAGUGUGGUCAUAUAGCUGCAGACAAGACAGACUUGGAAAUUCAUGUGAGAAGGUGCCAUGCAAGAGAGAUGCAGUUUUGCUGUCAAACCUGUAACUUUUCUAGUCCAUCGAGGGAAGACUUAGAGGAACACUUGCAUAGGAACCAGCACCAGCAGGUGGCUCCUGCCCUCAGCUGCCAGCGUUGUUCCUUCGUUUCCUUGAAUGAAGUGGGUCUUAGAGACCACAUGAAGGAAAAGCAUAGCAUGGGCUUUUUUUGUACCUCCUGUAAUCUGUUCUUGCCUGAGAAAGAUGUGGAAGAACACAGAGCAACUGAGAUGCAUAAUAGUUUAGUGGUUCAACCAAAGACGGCAUCAUCAUUGAGCAGGGACUCUGUUUUACCUUUAAGUACUUUAGAAUCAGAAAACAUGGAAGAUUCUAGAGAAGAAUCAGGGAAAUCAGCUAAGGAAGAUCCUGCUGAGUCGAGGGUCAGCCAUGGAAUUGAAGCAAGGCAUUCAAGUAAGCCUCAGUUUCAGUGUAAGAAGUGCUUUUAUAAAACACGGUCUUCCACCGUCCUUACGAGACACAUAAAGCUUCGGCAUGGGCAAGACUAUCACUUUCUUUGUAAAGCAUGUAAUCUUUACUCAUUGAGCAAAGAAGGGAUGGAGAAGCACAUUAAAAGAAGCAAACACCUUGAAAAUGCUAAGAAAAAUAAUAUUGGUUUAAGUUUUGAAGAGUGCAUUGAAAGGGUGUGCAUAGGUGCAAAUGAUAGAAAGGAGGAGUCUCACGUUUCUGGAAGUGGAAGACCCGAAGGCCAUGUCAGUGUGCGAUUACAGGAGCAUUCCUGUCGUGAGCAGAGCUUGCUGCCUCCUAAGGAGCUUCCCCAGUCUGGUGUCGUCACCAGAGAUGACGAUUUAGCCUUAGCCCCUGCUCCAAAGAGAGGGCGGCCCAAAGGCAGCAUUUCACGGACCUGUUCGCACUGUGGACUUCUGGCCUCUAGUAUUACAAAUUUGACGGUGCACAUUAGGCGUAAACACAGUCACCAGUAUAGUUAUUUGUGCAAGGUAUGUAAGUAUUAUACUGUAACUAAAGGAGAUAUGGAACGUCAUUGUGCCACCAAGAAACAUAAAGGACGGGUGGAAAUAGAAGCAAAUGGGAAACAAAGCUCAGAUAUAAUUGUUGGCCCAGAAGGGGGUGAUCUUGAAGCGUGUAAAAAGAAUUCCCCUGGAGCAGUGACUGCUUCCGAUGAGCAGGCUGUCAGGUCCGCUGGGUCUGCUGCAUCUCCUACAGAUAAGCCCGUGGUCGACUGUGGAAACGCAGUAGAAGUUGAAGCUGAAAAUGUGUUUCAUUCUGGAGAUGGAGAAGGUAGCUGUCGACUCUCUGAUAGAAAGGGGCAGCUCUCUUUAGAUCCAGAGGACCUUCUACAGCAGAAUGAUGUGUGCUCUCAGAGAGAUGUUGCAGGUUCAGGUGACAAUAGAUGCUUGCACUGUGAGUUCAGUGCUCACUCGGCCGCUUCGCUAGAGCUGCAUGUGAAAAGGAAGCACACCAAAGAGUUUGAGUUUUAUUGCAUGGCCUGUGAUUACUAUGCAGUGACUCGCAGGGAAAUGACUAGGCAUGCUGCAACAGAGAAGCAUAAGAUGAAAAGGCAGUCUUACCUCAGCUCUUCUACUGUGGAAGCAGGUUCUUCAGAAAUGUCCAAAAGCAUCCUUGUGUCUGAGGAGGGGCAUCCACAAAACCCUGAGGAAUUUAAAAUAAAACCAGACCAAUCAUCUGAUACUCUCAAACCUAGAAAUGCUGCAGAUUGCCCUAUUUUAGAUGAGAAUGCUAGCUUAGAUAUGUCUAAAGUACUCUGUGCUCCUGACUCAGUGGAAAUUGUGACUGAGGAAGAUCAUUCCUUUUGUGAGACCUUGCAACAGCCCCUUGCUAAGGACAAAUGUUUGAAACCUGGGGAGAUAGUGUCCCUUAAUACGCCCUCUAAUCAUGGCUCCCCAGGCUGUCUUCAAGAUGACAAUCCAGGAGACUAUGCUGCGGAUUGUGAGGCAGGAAAGGAAAACCAUGGCUUGUUUAACGAUGCCAAUGCUGGUGACCCAAGGACACACUGUGAAGGUGAGGGAGGCAGUACCAGUGAUAGUGGAGGUCAAGUCCUUGACAAGUCCCUCUCCUCUGGAGACUUCGAUGGGGGCCAUUCCGCUGAAUCCACUUCCCCUACUGUGCUGGACCUGGAUGGUGGUGGCCAGAGCAAAGCUGGAUGUGAACCGAGUUCAGAAGACUUGAAAGAUGUGCAAGCAGACCCUGUUGUUGAGAAUAAGGAAAUUCUGAUGAACUCACAACACGAGAUUGUUUUAGAAGAGGAUGGCCCAGCUUCUGAUGACACAGUUGACAGUAAUGAUGUUUAUGAAACUAUAAUAAGUAUUGAUGACAAAGGGCAAACCAUGUACAGUUUUGGCCGGUUUGAUUCUUCCAUAAUUAGAAUAAAAACUUCUGAAGAUGGUGAAUUGGUGGAUCAGUCGGAAGAGGGUCUGCUGGCAGCAGGGGUGAGAGUUAGUGAGUUGCCCCCAAAAGACUGUGCUCAAGGCUUGAAGAAGAGGAAAGCUGAAGGCAGUUCCUUCGGCGAGUCCACACGAAUCCGAUGUGAUGAUUGUGGUUUCUUAGCAGAUGGAUUGAGUGGACUGAAUGUCCACAUAGCUAUGAAGCAUCCCACGAAAGAGAAACACUUCCAUUGUUUACUUUGUGGGAAAUCCUUCUAUACCGAGAGCAACCUUCACCAGCAUUUGGCUAGUGCUGGUCAUAUGAGAAAUGAACAGGCCAGUGUAGAAGAGCUUCCAGAGGGAGGGGCCACCUUCAAAUGUGUCAAGUGUACAGAGCCCUUUGAUUCUGAACAGAAUUUGUUUCUGCACAUUAAAGGACAGCACGAGGAAUUGCUACGGGAGGUAAAUAAGUACAUAGUGGAAGACACUGAGCAGAUCAACCGCGAGAGAGAGGAAAACCAGGGAAAUAUCUGCAAGUACUGUGGGAAGGUGUGUCGGAGCAGCAACUCCAUGGCCUUUCUGGCUCACAUUCGCACCCAUACAGGAUCAAAACCAUUCAAGUGCAAGAUAUGCCAUUUCGCAACAGCUCAGCUUGGAGAUGCCAGAAACCAUGUGAAAAGGCACCUUGGGAUGAGGGAGUACAAGUGUCACGUCUGUGGGGUUGCUUUUGUAAUGAAGAAGCACCUAAAUACUCACCUACUAGGCAAACAUGGAGUUGGCACCCCAAAAGAAAGGAAAUUUACAUGCCACUUAUGUGAUAGAAGUUUCACAGAGAAGUGGGCCUUGAACAACCACAUGAAACUGCACACAGGAGAAAAGCCUUUCAAGUGCACCUGGCCCACAUGUCACUACUCAUUCCUCACAGCCUCGGCCAUGAAGGACCACUACAGGACGCACACAGGCGAGAAGUCGUUUCUCUGUGACCUCUGCGGCUUUGCCGGUGGGACCCGUCACGCCCUCACCAAACACCGCCGGCAGCACACAGGAGAAAAGCCUUUCAAAUGUGACGAAUGUAACUUUGCCUCUACAACCCAAUCACACUUGACUCGUCAUAAGCGUGUACACACUGGAGAGAAGCCCUACAGGUGCCCGUGGUGUGACUACAGGUCAAACUGUGCGGAGAAUAUUCGUAAACACAUUUUACACACCGGCAAACAUGAAGGUGUCAAGAUGUACAACUGCCCAAAAUGUGACUAUGGGACAAAUGUCCCCGUGGAAUUCCGAAACCACUUGAAAGAGCAGCAUCCUGACAUUGAGAACCCUGACCUCGCGUACCUGCAUGCUGGCAUUGUGUCCAAGUCCUACGAGUGCCGCCUGAAAGGACAAGGAGCCACCUUUGUGGAGACGGACAGCCCCUUCACUGCAGCCACCCUGGCCGAGGAGUCACCUGUCAAGGAGAAGUCCCCGAGAAGCAGCAGGAGGCAGGCGGCCCCGCCAGAGCAGGUCCAGCAGGUCAUCAUCAUCCAGGGCUAUGAUGGGGAGUUUGCCCUGGACGCCUCUGUGGAAGAGACUGCUGCGGCCACACUGCAGACCCUGGCCAUGGCGGGCCAGGUGGCCAGGGUGGUCCACAUCACAGAACACGGGCAGGUCAUUGCCACGAGUCAGAAUGGGUCUCAUGUGGGCAGUGUGGUACCUGGGCCCAUCCUCCCUGAGCAGCUGGCUGAUGGAGCCACCCAGGUGGUUGUCAUGGGGGGCUCUGUGGAGAGUCCCGGUGUGGAUGAGGACCUCAGUCCAGGUGGAGCUGUGAUCCAGCAGGUCACCAAGCAGGAGAUGCUGAGUGCUUCUGAGGCUGCGGUCCCUGCAUCGGACACCUCCUCAGCCUUAGAUGCACUGCUGUGUGCUGUCACUGAGCUGGGAGAGGUGGAGCACAGAGCAGGGCAUGAGGAAAAGGGCAGGCCCAACCACAAGGAUGUGCUGAUCCAGCUGCCCGGCCAGGAAGCGGCCCAUGCUCAUGCCGACACAGAGGCUGCAGAGACUCCGCUGUUCCAGGAUGGUCAAGAGAGCCCAGCAGCCAUGGAAGUACUGACGCAGGUAGUCCGGCCCUCGGCCAUCAUCACGUCUCAGGAACGAGCCCAGGUGGCCUUCAAGAAAAUGGUUCAGGGAGUCCUCCAGUUUGCUGUGUGUGACACAGGUGCUGCCAGCCAGCUGAUGAAGGACGGCGUGACCCAGGUCAUCGUGAACGAGGAGGGAGCUGUCCACAUGGUGGCUGCAGAAGGCUCCCAGUUCAUCAUGCAGGAGGCUGAGACCCAUGGCUUACGGGUGCCAGCUGAGCACGUGGACCUGGUAGAGUCAGAAGGGGAGAUCUCACAGAUCAUUGUGACGGAAGAGCUGGUCCAAGCCAUGGUCCGUGAAUCCAGCAGCAGCUUCCCUGAGGGAGCCACCCACUAUAUUGUAACAGAGUUGCCUCCAGGUGUGCAGGAGGACACAGGGGUUUACUCCCACACUGUGAUAGAGACAGCCAGCUCUCCAGAGAUCCUGCAGGCAGGGGCUGCCCUUGGUGCUGAGGCUGUGGGCGCAAGCAGCACAGAACAGUUGACCAGCAUGGUCAUCUAUACCCAGGAUGGCUCCCCAGCAGCCACAGUGAUCCAGAGCCAAAGAGAAAACAGUGAGCUCCAGGAAGCAUGAGGCAGGCCUCCAUGCUGGGAACAGGGCAGUGUGCAAAGGCCUGCUCAGACCAGCGCUUUGCUUAUAACGCUAGCUUCAGAGGUGUGCCGAGCAGGCCCUUCCGGCGGGGGAGCACAGAACCACGCCGACACCUAGGUUGCCCAGCAACCUAAGAAGAGUAGAGGAUGAAGCCUGUGCAAUAGAGCUGGUCCUAGGCCCUCUGCUCAUGGCCCUGCCCCUCCAGCACCGCUGUGGGGAGAAGCAGUUUCCCCUGGUUUUCUUCCAUACUCGUUCCCUGUUAAGUCAUCGGAAGACAGAAGAUGGUGUCCGCUGAUGGGAACAGAAAGUUCUCUCACCUCAGACCAUCGCACCGAUGGCCGCUGCCCACGCAGCUCUGUCAUCUCCCUCCACCUCCGGUUAAAAAUCGGAGCUACAAAGACUGCAGAAGCAGUGAGCACAUUGUUCUUUUAUUGUUAUUAAGUUUAAGAUACUGGUGUUCCCAGACCAAAGGAAGCCUGUUAGUUCAUUUUCUGUAUAAAUUUCCUCCCUGCAAACAUGUUAGGUGUUUCCUUUGCCGUGGCCAUUCUGCACAAGAGAAAUCUUUCAUUUGUGGUUUGAAAAAAGUCUUGAAAUUUUUAUUGAGUUAAAAUCCACCGUGGUUAAGAUAAUUGAUUCUCAUUCUGAAUUCCAUAUCAUAACAUCUGUACAUGAAAUGUCUACUGUGGAAAAUAUUGCUCAUUGCUUUUUAUAACAAACAUUUGUUUGUAUCAGUACCGUUUUUCCAGGAUUUAUUUGUGACUUUCUGACAGUGGGAAGGCCGAUGGCAAACAUUAUGGUCGACGCCCACCCUUUGCUCCCCUCCCUGCCUGCUCCAUGGUAGAUUCACUGUAAGUGCUGGAUGCAGGGUUGUGUUCCGCUAAUUUCUUGAUUCUGUUGCUUUUUUAUUUUUUUUUCAAAAUUGUAAAAUAACCCCUUUCCUCAGAGGCAAAAUUGUUUUUGUUGUUUUCUUUGAAAUAAAAUUAUAUCAUUAAA